GUUUUGACAUUUAAGUCCUUCACCAACAUAGAUAACAUAACAUCACUACAUCAUUAGUGCUCAUUAAACAUCACAUUCAAUCCAAAUUGUUUUUUAGCAUUAUGGACGAUGCACAUUUCAACGAUAUAUUCAGUGACCUGGAUGAAACAGACGAAACGGAAACAAAGUUCAAUAAAGCAUGUGAUUAUUUGCAGCAUUUGGUGAAUCAAUUAGAUGCAAGUCAGCUGCUUGAAUUUUACGGCCUAUAUAAACAAGCCACAGUCGGACCAUGUAAUACAUCAAAACCGGGCAUUUUCAAUAUGAACGCCCGUUCCAAAUGGAAUGCAUGGAAUGAUUUGGCCACAAUGUCCAAGGAAACAGCGAUGAAAUCGUAUAUUUCCAAAUUGAAUGAAAUCGAACCAGAUUGGAAUCAACAUGAUCCAUCAAAGACGAAAAAAUCGAAAAAACCAGCAUGGGUUUCGGUGUCACAGCCAAUGGCCGAAUGCGACGAUGACCAACACAUUGGUGAAAAAACGAUAAUUGAUCAUGCCAAAGAGGGAAACAUCGACGAGAUUUUAGCUCAUUUCAGUUCGUCAAUGACGAUAAAUAAACAAAGUAAAGCAAAACAUCUUCCAAUCAACGAGUAUGACAAAGACGGUUUGGCAGCCAUUCAUUGGGCUGCCGAUCGGGGUCACCAUCAAAUUUUGGAAAUUCUUCUGAAAAACGGAGCCAAUGUUAAUUUGAUCGACAAAGAUUCGGGACAAACAGCAUUGCAUUAUUCAAUCAGUUGCGGCCAUUUAGAAUGUAUAAAAAUUCUAUUGAAACAUGGAGCCCAGAAAAAUAUCACCGACUCGGAUGAUCAAACACCCAUCGACUUGGCCAACGAAUCAGAAGAUCCGUAUAUUAUCGAACUUUUAAAAACUUAAAUUACAAAUCGCACAACAUCUGAGAUGUACACAAUGAAAUAUGUACAAAAAAAAAUAAAAUAUACGAUUACUCAUUUACAAAUAGAAA